ACACUUGUGCAUUUGUCACUUUCGAGGGCAAUAGCAUCUUAGUCUUCAGUUAAUUGAUCUGCGAUCCUGUCGGGGACCUGUUUCCAUUUGUGGAAGAUCAAUGGUUGGGACCAAGUGGAAAUGAGAUAAUGCUUGCGUUUAACCAACCACUUACUUCUGCGUGGACAACCGUGUAUUAUCGUAAGUCUUAGUACUAGACUAAGUUUCAUUACUGUUUAUUUUAUUAACCACCCAAGAGUGUAUUCGUUCGUACAGCUGGUGCAAACCCGAUAUUCCUGAGAACCUUCUGAGACAAGCGUUCGAAACCUGCUGCCUUACUUUUGAAUGUGCUUGUGUGGUCAAGGAUGAGAAAUCCCGUCCCGGAUUUGGAAGUGCUGGCACAUAAAAAUGCGUUUCCCACCGCUUCUGAAGUUUCGUUCAUUACUUAGAGAAGCAAGGGGUGCUACAAGUGGGCAACAACUAAGAUGCUUUAUACUAGUCCGAAUGGGUGGGGGUGGAGAGUUCGGGCCUAGGUCCUUCACUUUCAAUCAAUAUUGUGUAUAGCAGCCAGUAGAUUAAUCCUAUCAUGUUCAAUAUAAAAACGGGCAUCUGUGUAUUAACGGAAACAGUAUCGGUUCAUAUGAAACCCUUCGCCUGAUGUAGGACUCAUACUCUUUCAGUGUACAGCCGAUUUCAGCACCGACUUAUGGUCAUGUUUUUGAUUCUCUCAGCAAACUAUUUUCUUCAGAAGCCUUUAUCCAUCUUACUAGGUUCACUGUACUUUUCAUGUUUGUAGGUUACAUUCACCGAAGACUAUUGCCUUAAUCUGCUGCAGAAAGCCUGUUAAGGACUUUUAUAUGGGUCGUCGCCGGAGCAGUAAUAAACCACCACCAAAACGAAAAGCUAUUGUACCACUGGAUAAAGUAUUUAACUGUCCAUUCUGUAACCAUGGUCGAUCUUGUGAAGUUGUUUUACAGCGUGAUAAUAAUAUCGGCUAUAUCAAGUGUAAUAUAUGUUUAGAAGACUUCCAAACUAAAAUUAAUUAUCUCAGUCAAGAAAUUGAUGUAUACAAUGAUUGGAUUGAUGCUUGUGAAGAAGCAAAUACCUAAUAAUUAUACACUUAUUGUCAUACGUUUCGUUUCGUCCGAAUUGAGUGUCAUCUGUAACCUAGUUUGACGACGGAGAUUAUUGUAUAACAAGAAAUUCGAAGUCAAUAGAGCGUGAUGACCUGUUUAUUUUGGGUACUUUUGCGAAUGUGACUCGCUGUUUUUAGUAUUUAGAAAUGUACAUAACUUUGGUCGAUGUAUAAAUAAAACUGUAUAUUGUUUU